ACUGCGAGAAUCCAAUACCAAAGAAUGCCCUUGCAAAUUCAACAAACUUUGAAUACGGUUCCGUAAUAGAGAUUACAUGUAACACGGGCUUUACUCUCGUAGGAAAAUCACUUAUUGUUUGUCAGACUGGUGGCUCUUGGAGUGCAACGCCGCCAGCAUGUAAUCCAUUUGAUUGUGGACAUCGGACAAUACCUAACGGAAAGUUCAAUGCUGCAAAGGGAACAACAUUUGGACAAACCGCCACCUAUGUGUGCAAUAUCGGUUACACUUUGUUUGGAGACAUGACUGUAAUUUGCACAGCCACUGGAUGGAACAGCACUAAUGCUACAUGCGAAAUUAUUGAUUGUGGGAAUUCAACAAUUCCUGACGGACAAGUCACUGCUCCAAACGGAACAACAUUCGGACAAACAGCCACGCUUGUCUGUAAUAUCGGUUACACGUUGGUAGGAGAUACGACUGUAAUGUGUACAUCUUCUGGAUGGAAUAGCAAAGCUUCAACUUGCAAAAGUGUUGAUGCAGAAAAUGAUACUCUUAUUGCAGUCUAUGUCCUAGUUCCAGUCAUUGUAGUUAUUUUAGCCAUUCUAUUCAUAAUCUUAUUGUUGAGAAGAAGAUUACCAAAUUGCAAGAAAGUGUCCGAGAGUAAACACGAAUCUCGCAAGAACCCCGUAAUGACAGCUUCUAAUAAAACAUACACUGGAGUAGCUCUCGAAAGUCAAAACUACACAAACAACGCAUAUGAAGACGGAUCCGCACAAUUAAAUGACGAAUAUGCAACGAUUACUGAUGAACAAAAUGUAAACUCAAAUAACCUUUAUUAUAAUAUUGCUGGCGCCGCAGGAACAAGUACGGAACAUGAUGCACAUAACUAUGACCACACGAAUGAAACAGCAGCACACUUCGUAGAUGAAUCAUAUUCACAUGUAUCGGGAAAUAAAAAUGCCAAGACGUUUGAGCCUAGUUACAGUACGACACUGCAUAUGAACUCGGGAAAAGAGUCCGACUACGACCAUGCACAUGCAGGGGGAAUUGAUCCCGUUGCACUGGAUAAGGAUGACUAUUCCCAUCUUAAUGAUUUAAACAUAAAACAAAAAUGUCGUGCCUCUUUUGGUAGCGGCAAUGACGAUGAAUUUAAAUAUUCAUAUGCAAAUGAAAACAGCCGAAGAACAGGAAAGGAAGUUGAGAAAUCUAAAGCUGGAUAUAAACAAGAAAGAAGUCUGAAAUACGAGCUUCAGGAUACAAUUAACGACGACAGGCACUACUUCGUGUUGGAGGCAGAGGAAGUGAAGGACGAUAAUCAUGGAUCUGAUAACCAUGAUUAUUUUGUUCUUGAGGAAACUGAAAGCUAGAACUUCAUCAGUAGAGCAGUUUUGUCAUAUAUUUUGUCAUGUAGAUAUUAUAGUUAAUCAGUAUAGUUUUAAGUAUAUAUUCUCCUAAAAAUCUAAAACUUGUGACACCUGAUUUAGAUUUUGCAUCCAUAUCAUUAUAGUGUGUGUGCUCAAUUUACUAGCUCUGUGUGUAUAGAAUGAAAAGUAAUGAGAGUAUAUCAAAUUUAUACAGUAAAAUCAUUUAAUUUCGUGGGCAUGAAAUUUCGUGGCUUUGGUCAAAACGGCAUUUUCGUGGGGAUAUGAAUUCGUUGAUUUCAACUUUUGAACAUAAAAUGAACGGGCAUUUUACUUGUUCGUUGGGGUAAAAUUUCGUGGAUUGACUCAACCUAGAAAAUCAACGCAAAUUAGUCCCCCACGAUUAUUAAUGAUUUCACAGUAUUAUCUUGAAAUAUCGACUCUUAGAUGUAAUCAGAAUUUUGUAAACUUUUAAUAUUAAUUCUAUCAUUUCCAUCCAGUUAACUGUACAUAGCGAUUCGGACGUUUUAUCAACAAAUCAGUAUAUUCCACUGUUUGCGAUUGAUUCUGGCAUCACGUAGAUAUAUUUUCAUAUUAUGUAUUGUCUGAUUCUUUGUAAAUUUCAGUGCCUUGAUGUAAAGAGAGACACCACUAGAUAUAUCAUUUUGUUAGAAAUUCAAAGAAGCAAUUUCUUUUGUAUGUAAAUAUAGAAAAAGUAUAUAUAGUGAUGUAGUGAUGUAGUGAGUUCUAAACAGUAUUGUUGUAUGGAAAUACGACUGUUGCAUUAAGAAUAUAUAGAAAUUGUCUUAAAGACGUCCAUCACUCAUAAAAGUUCAAGUGUAAUGUCGUCCAAUUUAGUUUUACCUGGUUAUAGCCUAAAGAUAAAAAUUAUCGUAUUCUAAUGUUUAUUAAAAGCCUCUCUGUUUCGCAAAUUAUCUUCCAGACAAUGAAAUUCAUGUCUCUGAGGAGGAUAACUAUGAAACGUUUCUUUUCAUAUAAAGUACAUUUACUAGCAAGUUUCAUCCUGGUAAAUUACUACAUCUACUAACAAAUAAACAAGUUUUAUUUUGGUAAAUUAUUACAUUUACUAACAAAUAAACAAGUUUCAUGUCGGUACAUUAUUUACUUUCAGUACUGUAGCUCCAAUAUGGUAUCAUGUUAUAUUCAUAGAUCCUACUUGUUACAUACCCUGAUAUCCCGAAAAUAAGCCGAUCUCGAAAAUAAGGAACAUUUUCACUACAGGCAAAAUGGGCUCAGAAAUAAGCCGCUCUCAUAAAUAAGCCGUCGAGAUUUGUUUGUAUCAGUACUUGUAUAAAUGACUUUUUAGGACACCAUAUGAGAUAGCAAAAGUUAUCAACGUGUACAUAGCUGAUUUAUUUCCACACGUAAUAACAAUAAAACAUACUUUGGAAUAAAACACUUAAACAAUGCAAGUUGUGCUGAUAUUUAUGGGUUAUUAUCUGUUAGCAUCGGAUUAUUUUCAUUAAGAAAUUGUAAUGAAUUGUAAUAAAACUGGUAUGUAUUUCAAGUUAAGUAUUUAUCGACGUCGAUGUUUUCACUGAUUAGCAAUCUAUAUUACAUCCUUAUCUUCAGUACUUCGAAAAUACUCGAAAAUACGCAAGUUUUUAAACCGUUACUAAUUAUGUACUCAAAAGUUCACUGGACUCAAAAAUAAGCCGGUCUCGAUAAUAAGCCAUAAAAUCCUUACGAAAAGUUAAAAUAAGCCGCGGUAUAUUUUCGGGAUUUGAGGGUGUAUAUUCAAAUGUAUCUAAAUAGUUAUGUACAUCUUUAUUUGCAUCGCAAAAUAAAAUAUGUAAACAUCACAAACAUUUGAUGGUUAUUUGCUUUUUAAAUGAUAUUCUAAUAUACUUGUUUCUGUUAAAACACGCUUACGCUAAAAUGACGUCACGUUAACGUGCGAUGACGUCAUAUUUUUUGUUACGACCAAGAAAGAGCGCUACUAUAUUUUAUCUAUGGUUUUAGAUUAAGGGCAUAUUCGAAUUGAAAUAAUUUAUGGCAAUGCCGUGUUUUAACACUAUUUAUGCACUCGGGCGGUCAUACGUCGUACAAAUAAUUUCACUCGGGCUGCGCCCUCGUGGAAUUAUUACGCCCGACUAAUAACCAUCCAUCGUGCAUAAAUAGUGUUAAAGCACUCUUGUGCUAUAAAUUAUUUCUUAAAUAUGUAUAGCAGAAUCCGAAACCUACAGUCUGAAAACAUCAUAAUUUUUCAAAUUGGACUAGAGUUCAAAACGUCCGUAUUUCUAUGCCCCCGAAGGGAGGCAUAUAGUUUUUGAAACGUCUGUCCGUCUGUCGGUCUGUCCGCAAUUUUCGUGUCCGGUCCAUAUCUUUGUCAUCGAUGGAUGGAUUUUCAAAUAACUUGGCAUGAAUGUGUACCACAGUAAGACAAUGUGUCCCGCGCAAGGCACAGGUCCGUAGCUCAAAGGUCAAGGUCACACUUAGACAUUAAAUGAUAGUGCAUUGAUGGGCGUGUCCGGUCCAUAUCUUUGUCAUCGAUGGAUGGAUUUUCAAAUAACUUGGCAUGAAUGUGUACCACAGUAAGACGACGUGUCGCGCGCAAGACCCAGGUCCGUAGCUCAAAGGUCAAGGUCACACUUAGACAUUAAAGGAUAGUGCAUUGAUGGGCGUGUCCGGUCCAUAUCUUUGUCAUCGAUGGAUGGAUUUUCAAAUAACUUGGCACGAAUGUGUACCACAGUAAGACGACGUGUCGCGCGCAAGACCCAGGUCCGUAGCUCAAAGGUCAAGGUCACACUUAGACAUUAAAGGAUAGUGCAUUAAUGGGCGUGUCCGGUCCAUAUCUUUGUCAUCGAUGGAUGGAUUUUCAAAUAACUUGGCAUAAAUGUGUCCCACAGUAAGACGACGUGUCGCGCGCAAGACCCAGGUCCGUAGCUCAAAGGUCAAGCUCACACUUAGACGUUAAAGGUAAUUUUUCAUGAUAGUGCAUUCACGGGCGUGUCCGGUCCAUAUCUUUGUCAUUCAUGUAUGGAUUUUAAAAUAACUACGCAUGAAUGUGUGACACAGUUAGACGACGUGUCGCGCGCAAGACCCAGCUCCGUAGGUCAAAGGUCCUAAAUUCUAACAUCGGCCAUAACUAUUCAUUCUAAGUGCCAUCGGGGGCAUGUGUCAUCCUAUGGAGACAGCUCUUGUUUCUUAUUAGACCGGACAGUUCUUCCGAUUCCUUAAUGACAAUAGCCAUUCUGGAUUACUUCCCUGGUGUACAGCCUUUCAUCUUUAAACACCAGUAAACUUUUAAAAAUGCGAUAACAUUUUUAUGUCUGAAAAAGACAUAAGUACAAACAUUGAAUUCCUCAUUAAGAACAUUUGAUAAUCCGAUGGUCACAAACGUUGUUUUUAUUGUUUGUUUUUUUAUUUCGCGCCGGGUGCGAAAACAUCUAAUAGUAAAUGAACUGACCUAUAGAUUAUAUAAUAUCAAGUGAUCUUUACUUGUUUCUAUUCAAAAUCAUUGGCAUAAGCUAACUUCCUGGAAAACAAUCUAGAGCCACCACGUUAUGUUUUUAGAAAUGAUACGGCGAGCGGUCGACAAAUUAUCUCGAGUGUACGCACGUCAUCUAAUAUCGACUUAUCACGAUUGUACGACAUCUAAUCUCAAUGGUUUGAUAACAUAUCUCGAACAAACGACAUCUUAUAAUCUGAUCUCUCCAGAAAUUUAUCUUGAGUGCAUAACAUCUUCAAUCGCUUGACAUCUUAUCUGAAACAUACGACAUCUUUUCUCGAGCGCACGAUACGUAAUGUCGAGCGUUCGAGAUAAUUUAAUUGAAAAAGAUCAGAAUAAUUAUGACCUAAACAAACCACCGCAAAAACGUGUUUCAUGGUGAUGAUAUCAUAGCAAGGAAGGUUUUGAUUCACAUCUGUCUGAUUAAGGAAUAAAGCUCUUGCUUUGUUUAACAAUAUGAGAUAACGAGUUUUGUGUAGUUGAUUUUAGCUUGACCUUUGUCGAAUAUAUUAAAUACAAAAUUUCCUUAUUUCUUCAAGGAAGAUUGUUAUUAAUUCAGUAGUUUCAAAUGAAAUAUAACGAUAUUGCAAAAACAAGCACACACCAUGUAAUUUCAUGGAUUAACCCUUUUCAUGCUGGACACAACUGAUUCUGUCUUUUCGAUUUGUGCAGUCUCGUCACUAUUCGCAUUUCAGUCAGUAUCUUUUUGGUAUGCACCCUUUUUAACAGUUUGUUUUCCUGUCCAAAUUGAAAGAUAGACAAGUUCAUUAACAGAAAUUUAGCAGGUUAAGGGUUAAAUGUAUAUCUUCUGUUUAUUUCUGAAACUCGGUCGUCACUGUGACACAAACGAAGAUCAGGUUCAUCAGUGGUAUUUUCAGAAAGGAUUGCUCUGACAGCAAGUAAAAAAUAGCGUGGCAAGAUCUGACGGUCAGCUUGUUGAUAUUUAAUAGAGGUACAUUCUUGUGAUUCUACAGCUAAAUUUUAGUGAGUGACCAACGGUUAUAUUAGUUUUCUACGUAUUAUCAUACAGAUGAUACUUGAAUGUUUUUGUAUAUGGUAUAAAAGUAACGAAAUGCUUUGUGUUAUGUUAUCAAAAUGAAGUAAUUCCGAGAAUACAGGAACUUGCAGAGAUCAUUUCACAGUAAGGGGAAAAAACAAACGUCAUUCCUUAUUGGUGAGUUAUCUGGAAUUAUCAGACAUUUUAAGUUCCAUAAUAGUUAUCAUUUUACAAUAGAAUUGCAAAAACCAUAACACAAUAACGGGAAAAUAGAUCUAUUCUUUACUCGCUAGUUUCAGAAAAGUUAUCAUGUUUAUCAAUAUUUUGAAAUAAGGUUGUAAACAUAAAAACCCGUUAGGGGGAGUGAAAAAGGGUAGGAGAAACCUUAUUUCUUACUUUUAAGUUCCAACAAAGUACCCAUUCUGUCUACAUUUUGAAAUAAUGUAUUUAUUAUUACCUACUUUCUCACUAAAUUGUACAUAAAGGCAUUGUAAUUAUUACGUUCAUAUUUAACUUCCUGUUUACAAUUCGUAUGGCAAUUAUGUCACAGCGUAUUUGUUAACCUAUUUAUUUAUUUAUUCCUCUAUAUGUCUGAUCACUAAAUGCAAUUGCUUUAUCAUUAGUAUAGUGUAUGCAAGUUUUAGACCACACAAACAAUUAUCUUUAUAUCAAAAUAAUAUUGCAGAAGUAAACUCUCAUUAUAUCCAUAUCUUCCUACUUCUCUGAUCGGUAUCAAGAUUUGUUCACUACAUUCCUUCAAUGGUGUUUCAUGAUAAUAUUUUGAAAGGCAAUUGGCA